AUGGGGAGCGGGGUGAGGGACGUUGAGGGUGAGCUUCCUUGGCCUGCUGUCCGGGACCCUGACCUAGCCCACUUCUUUUUUUCCUUUUCUCAUCUCGGUUGUCGCCCUGAGGCUAAAACUAGAGCCUGGGAGACCUAGGGCCUAGAUUCCCCCCAGCCCGUCCCGGCCUUCUGGAGCCAGGGAGUGGUUGGUGAAAGGAGGAGACCAUUUGGAGAACAAACAGGUUGUCAGAGGGUUGAGUGAUUGAGCCCAGGUACCCCACCUGAGGGGCCAGGAAUGGGUGGGGAGGAGGAGGAAGAAGUAGAAGGUAGGGAAAGGGGGAGGGGGCGGGGUUUUGUCAUCUGUCACCUGCUUCGGCUGAGCCUAGGGCGGGCCGGGGACCGGUAUAAAGCGGCAAGCGCCUGUGCCCGCCCCACCUCGCAGCAGCGGCUUCCCGAGACUGUGCCGCCCCCUCCCCACCCAGUUCACCACCACCAUGACACUGGGCUUCCAGGCCCCUCUCUUCCUUUUGCUCCUGGUGUCCCUGCAGCGUACAGCUGGCACUGCAUCCCCCUCUGACACCCCAACCCCGACCAGCGGGCCGGCCUCCACCCCAGCACGCCACAGCGCCUCACCUCCGACCAGAGGCCCGGCCUCCAGCUCGGCCUCCACCCCGGGACACCACAGCGNCUCACCCCCGACCAGCGGCCCGGCCUCCAGCUCGGCCUCCACCCCGGGACGCCACAGCGCCUCACCCCCGACCAGCGGCGCGGCCUCCAGCUCGGCCUCCACCCCGGCACGCCACAGCGCCUCACCCCCGACCAGCGGCCCGGCCUCCAGCUCGGCCUCCACCCCGGCACGCCACAGCGCCUCACCCCUGACCAGCAGCCCGGCCAGCCACGGCAUCAGGACUACUGCCAGCACCACUCGCCAUAGCAGAGAACCCCUCACGUCCUCCAAUAGCAGCACUUCUCCGCAGUUUUCUGUGCGGAUCUCCUUGUUCUUCCUGUCCUUUUCCAUUGGGAACCUCCAGUUUGACUCUUCCCUGGAAGAUCCCAGCACUAGCUACUACCAGGGGCUGCAGAGAAACAUUUCUGAGUUGCUUUUGCAGAUUUAUGAACAGCAAGGUUUUCUGGGCCUCUCCAAUAUCAAGUUCAGACCAGGAUCUGUGCUGGUGGAGUCAGCCCUGGCCUUCAGAAAGGGCUCCGUUGACACCUGCGGCGUGAAGACCCAGUUUGAAGAGCGCGGGAGAGAUCUACUAGACAGAUACGACCUGUCCAUCUCAGGUGUUACUGUGCAAGACGUGUCAUUCCCUUCCUCUGGCCAGUCCAGGUCUGGGGUACCUGGCUGGGCCGUCGCCUUGCUGGUGCUGGUCUGUGUCCUGGUCGCACUCGCCAUCAUCUGUGUCAUUGCCAUGACUGUGUGUCAGUGCCGCCGGAAGAACUGCGGGCAGCUGGACAUCUUUCCGACCCGAGACGCCUACCAUCCUAUGAGCGAGUACCCCACCUACCACACCCACGGGCGCUAUGUGCCGCCUGGCAGCGGCAGACGCAGCCCCUAUGAGGAGGUCUCUGCAGGCAACGGGGGCAGCGGCCUCUCUUAUGUGAACCCGAACCCAUCAGCCACUUCUGCCAACUUGUAGAAGCACGUUGCCCGGCCUGGCGACCAGAUGCCAGUGCCACAUGCCUCCCCUGGGCUCCUCACUGCCAGAGUCCUCUCCACUCAACUCUGUUCUGGGCUGGUGAGUGGGGAGUUCAGGUGAGCUGUUCACAGGCCCCACCAGGUCCCCUGCCCUGCUGAAGCCCAUCCGAGCCCCUUGGGGACAGGCCUGGGACAGUGGCUCCCAGGAGGAACAGACCGGGGAAACCCCAGAUGGAAGUGCGAACCAGACUGGGGCUGAAUAAAAUGGGGACCUCCUCUGUGCUGACUGCCAA